AUGGAAGUUACAAUAAAUCUAAGCUUGGCUGGUAACGGCACAGACAUGCAGCCCCAGUCCCUCUUUGAGUUCAGGGUCUUAGUGCCCAUUACUGCAAUCUGUCUUGUGUUGUUCCUGCUAGGGGUCCUGGGGAACCUCACAACUAUUUUUGUUUUCCAGUACUGCAAGGAGAUGAGGACCACGACCAAUUUAUACCUGUCCAGCAUGGCUUUAUCAGAUAUCUUGAUCUUUGCUGGACUGCCUUUCGACCUCUACCGCCUCUGGAGGUAUCGGCCCUUCGUGUUUGGGGACUUCCUUUGCCGUUUCCAGUUUUACUUGAGCGAGACUUGCACAUACGCCACGAUUCUGCACAUCACCACUCUCAGCAUGGAGCGCUACCUGGCUAUUUGCUUUCCAUUACGAGCUAAGAGGCUGGUGACCAAGCAGAGAGUGAAGCUGGUCAUCGUAGCUCUCUGGCUCAUUUCCUUAAUGACAGCUGGACCCAUUUUUUUCCUUUUCAAAGUGGACCAGCAGGAAUGCAAACAUACAGACCAAGCCGUCCACUCUGGACUUCUGCAAACUAUGAUUUGGGUGUCCACUGUGUACUUCUUCCUACCCUUGACUUGUCUAACUCUUCUGUAUGGACUCAUCAGCAGGAAACUGUGGAAAAGCAGGCAAGAGAUCCAGGAACCCAAUGCUAGGAACAGAGCGCGAUAUCACAGGCAGACCAUCAAGAUGCUGGUUCUAGUAGUACUGGCCUUUGCUCUGUGCUGGUUGCCUUUCCACGUGGGACGGAUUCUGUUCUCCAAUGCAGCAUGGAAUGGGACAGAUGCAAAAGCUCUCUACCACACAGCACAAUAUUUUAACCUCGUCUCGAUGGUUCUGUUCUACCUGAGCGCCUCCAUCAAUCCUGUCCUCUACAACCUCAUGUCUGGACGCUAUCGCUGUGCUGUAUGUCGACUUCUGGGAAUACACAGGGUGCCUCUGGGGACAGGGUGGUCAAGUCGCCGGAGCCAAACCAACACACCCAUAAAUACAGAGAUCAGCACGUGCGUGUGAGCAGUAAAAGGGAUUGGAGUGCCACAGAGAGCAAUGGGAACAUCAAAUAACUGUACAAGAGCUGUAUUCUGUGC